AUGGCCAUGAGGAGUCACACUGUAGUGACCGAGUUUUUGCUUAUUGCAUUCACUGAGCAUCCCCAGUGGAGGCUUCCACUCUUCCUGGUGUUUUUGAGUUUCUAUCUUGCCACUCUUCUGGGGAACACAGGAAUGGUCAUCCUGAUCCUCAAAGAUCGCCAGCUCCACACCCCGAUGUACUUCUUCCUCAGCCACCUGUCCUUCGUAGACAUCUGCUAUUCCUCUGUCAUCGUCCCUCAGAUGCUGGCCAUGCUGGGGGAACACGGCACAGUCAUCUCCCAAGCUCGCUGUGCAGCUCAGUUCUUUCUGUUCACCUUCUUUGCGUCCAUUGACUGCUACCUCCUGGCCCUCAUGGCCUACUACAGCUAUGUGGCCAUGUGCCAACCCUUGCUUUAUGUCACCAUCAUGACCAAGAAGGCCCACCUGGGCUUAGUAUCUGGUGUUCAUGUUGCUGGUUUUUCCAGUGCCUUUGUUCGAACAGUCACAGCCUUCAGUCUCUCCUUUUGUGGAAACAAUGAGAUCAACUUCAAUUUCUGUGACCUCCCUCCUCUGUUAAAACUCACAUGUGGGGACAGCUACACUCAGGAAGUGGUGAUUAUUGUGUUUGCCAUUUUUGUCAUGCCUGCAUGUAUCUUGGUGAUCUUGGUGUCUUACCUGUUUAUCAUCCUGGCCAUCAUGCAGAUCCACUCUGUGGGAGGCCGGGCCAAGACCUUCUCCACCUGCACCUCCCACCUCACUGCUGUUGCUGUCUUCUUCGGCUCCCUCAUCUUCAUGUACCUGCGAGAUAACUCAGGCCAGUCCUCAGAGAGAGACCAGGUGGUGUCUGUGCUCUACACAGUGGUGACCCCAAUGCUGAAUCCCCUCAUCUACAGCCUGAGGAAUAAGGAGGCAAAGGAGGCUGUUAUGAAAUCCCCGAGCAGACCAAAGGCUAUUGGAAGGUCCUAG